UACCACACCUGGUCAGUAGUCACAAGCCAACUUUGAUAUCAAUAAUUAAUCCCUUCACGUUAAACUAAUUCAAAAUAUGCAUCUCAUCUCCUUUCAUUUUACUCUUUUCUUUCUUAUCUUCAUAAUUGGAGUUUCUGUUGCUGCCACUGCUGGUGACAAGAAAUUGGUCUCUCCUGAAAUGCCUACCGGACCUAAUAAUGGCCAAGGCGGCGGCUCUUCUGGGGUUACUGGUUCCGGCCAUGGCCCCAACUGGGACUACACUUGGGGCUGGGGGUCGAGUCCCGGCAGCGGAUGGGGUUAUGGUUCCGGUUCAGGCCGGUCAGCAAAUGGAUUUGGCAGGGGUUUUGGGUUUGGGUUUGGGUCUGGAAGUGGGUCAGGAUCGGGAUCGGGAUAUGGUUAUGGGUCUGGAAGUGGUGGUGCACGCGGCGGUGGGUAUGGGGCUGGAAUUGGGUCAGGUAACUCUGGUGGUGGCGGCGCUGGUGGAGGAAGCGGGGGGGCAGGUGGCAGUUACUCGCCGGUUGAUUCCAGGGGGAAAAACAACCAUGGUUGAUACAGAAAGCAUGAAGUUCGAUUCUAUCGAUACAGUGUGCAUGGUGUGCAAGUGUGAGCUUGAAAUAUUAAGCUCAGAAUUAUAUAUAGCUUAUAUAGUUUGAGUUUGGGUUGUAUCAUCAUCAUUUAUGUUUUCUUAGUGGCUUAACUACGUUUGCUUCUCUACUAUGAAAAGGUUUCCCUAUGCUAUUCUCUUACUUCCAUCCUCCACUCAAUCUCAUGAGCAUCUAUAAAGUUUAUUGACUACUGUUUCUUA